AUUAAUCGUUCUUUUCUCUGGUUCAAUGAGAUGGGAUCUGUGAGUUUGUGCUUGGCCGACACAGCUUGUUCAAAACUGCUCUCUUCCUUUUGUUUGUUUUUUUCUAUGUAUUUAUUCGUUUUUCUUCUGUUAUUCGUUCCUUUUUUCUGAUUCAAUGAGAUGGGUUCUGUAAUUCUGUGAGUUUGUGCUUGAUCGACACACAGCUUUUUCAAACGAUGUCGUGGUAAUUGAGUAUUGCUAGGAUAGUUACAGUGUAUAAAUGAUGUACGUGGGGGCUCGUAAGUGGUAUUCGUAGCUUGGAUCAGCUUGCUGGUUUAUUGAUCAGAUGAUAAGGUCAUUGUAUAUAGAUGAUCAAACCCUAAUCGGUGGACUUAGCUGUUGCGCGCCUAUGGGUUUCUGUGUCCGGGUUUGUGCGUGCGUACAGUGUACCCAGUACAGAGCAGAAAGGAGGUGAUCCAUGAUAGUAGAGACCAUUUAAGCGGGUUAGGGUUAGUUUUUAGCUGAGGAGAUAUAGUGGGUCCCCAUUGAUAUAAUGCUCAAAAUAUAGAAUCAUAUGCCAUGGUAAUUGAUAUGAUUUGAUGCCGUCUAUGGAGCAGGAACACUGAGCAGUUGCAAACUUGCAAUACAAGAUCUGCCGGUUUUAUUUUUAAGUGGGUUGAGUUGAAUAGUCCCAAAACUGUAUAGUUUUUGCACUGGAUGAUCAUGUCAAGAGUUUUGUUCUAAUGAUACAUUAAAGGAAAAAUCUAUGCUGCCUGAAAGACAUGAUAUGGGAAGAGCUUUGGCCAAUCAAAACCUCCCUAUGAAUUUUGAUAAAUCCCACCUGAUUGGUUACCACUUUUAUGAUACUGGUUCAUUUGUUACAAGUUUUCUGGUAUCAAAGUCAAACCCUACAUUAAGUUGCAGAAAAGAAACUUGCUUUCCCUGCACUACAUGGGCGUCCACAUGCUUUCCUUGAUAGGCUAAUAGAAUGCACUACAAUCACAAGUAUGGUGGCAAUGGACAUGGCGAGAGAGAAACUUAUACUAAUAUGCCAAUCUGGUGGUGAGUUUGUGUCAAAUAAUGAUGGAUCCUUGCAAUACAGUGGUGGGGAGGCACAUGCAGUGGAUGUCAAUCGUGGCACCAGGUUUGAUGAUCUCAAAUCAGAAAUAGCUGAACUGUGGAAUUGUGACAUCAAGAAAAUGUCUAUCAAGUAUUUUCUUCCAAGCAACAAACACACUCUAAUCACUGUAUCUAAUGACAAGGACCUACAACGGUUGAUUGAUUUUUAUGGGAACUCAGUAACAGCUGAUGUUUAUAUUGUGACAAGAGAAUCUGUUUCACAAGAUGUAUUGGACAUGAAUGGUAGCAGGACAAACCAAACAGUAGUAGCUGAAUCAGCCAACCGCAUUUCUUCUACUCCUGCCAUAAACUUCCCUGCAACUCCUGCUGCUGCUUCACCAGUUGUCAAUGCUUCACCUUCUUUCACUGCAUCCCUUGCUGCUGCUGCUGCUGCUGCUGCUGCUACUCUUGUUGAUGAUGAUAAUACUAAUGGUACACCUACCUCCAUUGCCACUCCUGCUAACUCCACUUCAGUCAUCCCUGUUGGCACUACUGAUAGUUUUACUAUUGCUGCUGAUAUAACAGCCCCCUGCUCCCCCAAAAUGGUCACUACCUCCUCCAGCCCUGUACCUGCUGCCUCUGCUGAUGAUGCCAUCUUUGAGAGUGUUGGGCAGCAAAAGCGAACUGCAUCUUGGAAAUUUGGUGUCAAUGGUUUUUCUAUUGUUUCUGUUACUGAUGGUGUUGGGCAGAAAAUAUGCACUGUAUCCCAGGACACUACUUCCAAUGGUGAAGAUGAUGCUGGGGUGAAAAAGCUCAUUACAUUGUGGAAAAAUGGUAUCACUGGAGUUGGUCAGCAAUUCAGUGGUGUCCAUGAAUUUCGUGAUGCAUUGCGUAAAUACUCCAUUGCACAUCAUUUCAUGUAUAUCCUAAAGAAGAAUGAAGCUAGUCGUGCAACUGCAAAAUGUAGGGCAGAUGGCUGUACAUGGAGGAUUCAUGCAUCAUGGGUACCAACUACACAGACAUUUACAAUAAAAAGGAUGAACAAGACACAUACAUGUGGAGGGAAUAUUGGGAAAUGUUCUCCUUCAACAAAAAAUUGGUUGGCAAGUAUUAUAAGGGACAGGCUGCAAGAUAGCCCUCACUACAAGCCCAAGGAUAUUGCAGAUGAAAUCUGUCGAGAUUUUGGCAUUGAGUUGAACUACUCACAGGUUUGGCGUGGAGUGGAGAAUGCAAGGGCACAACUUCAGGGUUCGUAUAAAGAUGCAUAUAACCAAUUGCCUUGGUUUUGUGAGAAGAUAGUGGAGACAAACCCAGGUAGCAUCUGUAAUUUUACCACCAAGGAUGACUUAAGCUUCCAACACCUUUUUCUCUCAUUUCAUGCCUCAUUAUUUGGUUUCAAAAAUGGUUGUCGUCCCAUCCUUUUCCUUGAUUCCACACCUCUAAAAUCAAAAUACCAGGAGAUAUUGUUGAUUGCUGCUGCAGUGGAUGGGGAAGAUAGUAUGUUUCCAGUUGCUUUUGCUAUAGUUGAUGUUGAGAAUGAUGCCAGCUGGCACUGGUUUUUGGUGCAACUGAAGUCAGCUGUGUCAACAUCUAGAUCCAUUACAUUUGUUUCAGACAAAGAGAAGGGGUUAAAAAAAUCUGUUAGUGAGAUUUUUGAGAAUGCCCACCAUGGUUAUAGCAUCCGUCAUCUCGUGGAUAAUUUCAAGAAAAGCUUGAAGGGUCCUUACCAUGGGGAUGGCAAGUCUUCUUUGGUUGGCAAUCUUUUGGGUGCUGCCCAUUCUCCACGACUCGAUGGCUUUAGAAAGUGCAUUCAGAGAAUAAAAAAUGUUUCUUCAGAGGCUUAUGAUUGGGUCAUGCAGAGUGAUCCGGAAUGCUGGGCAAAUUCUCUAUUUAAGGGUGAGCAGUACAGUCAAAUCAAUCUAAAGAUUGCAGAAACAUUCAAUAAUUGGAUAGUAGAGGUGCGUGAGUUACCAAUAAUACAAAAGAUAGAUGCAAUAAGAUGCAAGAUGAUGGAGUUGAUUUAUGAACGUAGGGUGGGUGCAAGUGACUGGUCUACACUGCUAAUUCCAUCUAAGGAAGAAAGACUUAAAGAAGAGAUAUCAAAAAUUGAUAACUUUAAAGUCUUAUUUUCAUCUGAUACCAUGUUUGAAGUUCAUGACAAUUCUAUUAAUGUUGUUAACAUUGAUCAGUGGGACUGUAGUUGCCAGGGGUGGAGAAUGACUGGAUUGCCUUGCCGCCAUGCUAUCGCUGUAUUUAAUUGCAUUGGCAGGAAUCUGUAUGAUUACUGUUCCAGAUACUUCAUGACUGAGAGUUUCCAGCUAACAUAUUCAGAGUCAAUAAACCCAAUGCCCAACAUAGGGAAGCCUGCAAGUAAAGAUUCUUCAGACAAAGACCAGGUACAUCCUCCUCGAACACAGCGCCAGCCAAAACCACCACCAACCCAACCAAAAAGGAAGCGGAGCAGAUCAAAGGGAAAAGUCCAAAGGCCACUCCAUUGCAGCAAAUGCAAGGGAGAAGGGCAUAACAGGGCUUCAUGCAAAGAAGCAUCAUAGGUCAAUCAAAUCUCUUCUAUCAGUGCCAUCCAUCUUUUGCCCAAGGUUUUAUAUCUUGAGCCUGACAGAACAUUGUACAAAAGAUGUAGAUUUGGGAAGUUAGUUACUCUUGACUAUGUCAAUUUGAAUAUGGCUUGUAUUUCCAUAUGCAUCAUGAAUAUAUGGGUGUACUUUUGCGUAAAUUUUUGAAUCCCGCACCAUCCUGUGGAUUUUCAUGACA